AACAUUCUCCAUUUCCACACUUCUUCCUAUCCCAUGUCUCUUCCUGUUUUGGUAAACCACUUUAGGUUACCAAUAUGCUACUACUUCGGCCACUUCCUCUACAUUAAUAACCAAAUUCAGUGACACAAACACCUACCUUUUAUUUUUGUUUUUGUUUACUCUGUCUCUCUGUCUCUCUCUCUCUCUCUUUUUUGUGUACAUUGUUGACAAAAAACACAACUCAAAUGAAGAGGUCUCCUGCUCCUUCCUGUUCUUCUUCUUCUUCAUCUUCUUGUGUUGGUUCUGUCAUUCCUCAUCAAUCAGAGAAGCCCAAAGCCAAGGCUAAAAGAGCUAAGAAAAAUCACAACCCAGAGAAAUGCCAGAAUGGCAACUCAUCAGUUGGCUCAGCUAGGAGAAGCUCAAUUUACAGAGGAGUCACAAGGCACAGAUGGACUGGGAGAUAUGAAGCUCACCUCUGGGACAAGAGUUCCUGGAAUAACAUUCAGAACAAGAAAGGACGACAAGUUUAUUUGGGUGCAUAUGAUAAUGAAGAGGCUGCUGCCCAUACUUAUGACCUUGCUGCCCUUAAGUAUUGGGGCCCUGGUACAACCUUGAAUUUCCCGAUAGAGACUUAUACAAAGGAACUUGAAGAAAUGCAAAAGGUUACCAAGGAAGAAUACUUGGCCUCAUUGCGUCGAAGGAGCUCUGGAUUUUCUAGAGGAGUGUCCAAAUAUCGUGGGGUGGCGAGGCAUCACCAUAAUGGUCGUUGGGAAGCAAGGAUUGGAAGAGUUUUUGGUAACAAAUAUCUGUACCUGGGAACUUACAACACACAGGAAGAGGCGGCAGCAGCUUAUGAUAUGGCAGCAAUAGAGUACAGAGGAGCAAAUGCUGUGACUAAUUUUGACAUCAGUAAUUAUAUUGAUCGCAUGAAGAAGAAAAUCCCUGGCUUUAAUGCCCAAAGUUCUACUGUAUCAGAUGCAGCACUUCCCAACAAUUGUCACACUCAAUCAAAAGUAGAUGUGGACAAUUGUCAACCUAAAUCAAAAGUAGAUGUGGAAGUAGAGCAGCAACAGCAACAAAAGCAAGAAAAACAAGAAGUAGUGGGAUUAGAAGAACAGCUUCAAUAUAAUAUUAAUGCACAGCUCCCUCCUUGCAUGGACACAACUUCUACAAUGGUGGGAAUGGAGCCUUCUAGUGAGCAAGAAGAAGACCCUUGGAGCUUUUUGGACAAUGUUCCUGACCUCCCCAUUGAAAAGCCAUGCGAAUUAAAUGACCUGUUUGACCACACAGGGUUUGAGGAUGACAUUGAUUUUAUAUUUGAAGCAGCAGCAGCAGCAGCUGUGACACACCAAGAUGUUGUUGAUGUCAAAAUGGAUGGCAUUUUGGAUGAUAUUUCAGGUUUUGAUGAGACUCUCAAGGUUGUUGGUGUGUCAAGGAGCUUGGACAAUAUGAUUGGGCAGGAGAGGUUGUUGUCUUCUUCUUCUUCUUCUUCUUCUUCAUCUGCUAUUUCUUCUCCAUCUUCUUCUACUACAACCUCGGUUUCUUGUAUCUAUUCUGCUUGAACAUUUUGGUCUUUGGGAUUGUUGGGAUUUGUUUUAAUUUGUUGGUGGGAUUUUGUUGUGGGUAGGUGGAUUGGAAAGAUUCUCAAUGUCUUUGGCUUUUU